AUGGCGGACGUCGACACCCCCGUCACCCUGCGAACUCGCAAGUUCAUCCGUAACCCCCUGCUUGGCCGUAAGCAGAUGGUCGUUGACAUCCUCCACCCCGGCCGUGCCAACAUCUCCAAGGAUGAGCUCCGUGAGAAGCUCGGCUCCUUGUACAAGGCCACCAAGGACCAGAUCAACGUCUUCGGUCUCCGCACCCAGUUCGGUGGUGGCAAGACCACCGGCUUCGCUCUCGUCUACGACUCCCCCGAGGCCAUGAAGAAGUUCGAGCCCCACUACAGACUGGUCCGCGUUGGCUUUGCCAACAAGAUCGAGAAGGCCAGCAGACAGCAGCGCAAGCAGCGCAAGAACCGCCAGAAGACUCUGCGCGGAACGGCGAAGGUCAAGGGUGCCAAGAAGAAGAAGGAGUAA